AUGGGCUCCGUUGAAGUCCCAAAGAAGCAUAAAGCAUGCGUUUACGACAAGCCCGGAACGAUAUCCAUCAAAGUGGAGGAGAUCGACACGCCGGAGCCCGGGACUGGAGAGGUCUUGUGGCCUAUGCUCCCCUACCCAACCCAACCCGGCCAAAUUGGCGGCCACGAAGGCGUCGGCACCAUUGCUUCCUUCGGCCCCGGAAACGAUUCCUCCCCCCUCAAAAUAGGGGACCGCGUCGGGAUAAAAUGGGUGGCCUCCGCCUGCGGGAGUUGCCCCCCCUGUUUCGCCGGUGUCGACGCCAGCUGUACUUCCGGCAAAGUCAGCGGCUAUUACUACCCCGGAACAUUCCAGCAAUAUGCCCUCGCUCCGGCGCAUUACGUAACACCGAUUCCAGAGGGAGUAGCGAGUGAUUUGGCCGCGCCGAUGCUCUGUGGUGGCUUGACGGUAUAUAGCGCGUUGAAGAAAUGCCGGGCAGGGCCGGGAGAGUGGGUCGUUAUUGCUGGCGCUAGCGGAGGGUUGGGGCAUCUGGCUGUUCAGAUAGCCGCAAAGGGGAUGGGUUUCAGAGUCAUUGGAACUGACGUGGGUGAGAAAGAAAAAUUUGUCAAAGACUGUGGAGCCGAGUUCUUCCUCGACGUAAGCAAAUUCGAGAAAGGCGAGAAAGGCACGCAGGAUAUGGUCAAGCAGAUCCGAGACCUAGCCGGUGGAUUUGGCGCCGCCGCCGUACUGCUCUGCGCGGCCAGUAACGCCGCGUAUGCCCAAGCGCUCGACUUUCUGAGAUAUAACGGUACCCUGGUGUGUUUGGGCAUUCCGGAACAUGAUCCCCAACCCAUUGCGACUGCUUGCCCGGAUAAGUUGGUGUUGAAACAGCUGAGUAUUGUGGGCUCGGCGGUCGGGGGCAGGAAGGAGGCUAUUGAGACCUUGGAGAUGGCUGCUAGAGGGGUGGUCAAGACGCAUUUCCGGGUCGAGAAGAUGGAGGGGUUGGCCAAGGUCUUUGAAGAGAUGGAUGAGGGCAAGUUGAUGGGGAGAGUGGUUUUGGAUUUGAGCUGA